AUGCGCCGGACCCCCACUGGUAUAAUGAAUCCUCCUGAGCAAGCUAUGGACUCACCGACUUCCCGUAGCUCUCUACUCACCGACUUCCCCCUCUUUCCCAAACUACCUCUCGAACUCCGCCUCAAAGUUUGGAAACACGCCCUACCAAUUGGACCCCACGAUCUCCGCAUGAUAAAAGUAACCGUCAGUACAAUAGUAACUACCUCCACUACUACAACCAGCAUACAACGCAAAGGAUCGGAACAGCCCCCGAAAUCAAAAAUUAAGGAGACGAAGGCCUCAUCCUCCCUCACCUUCUGCCUGCUGGAGCAUAAGCAUAAUGACUAUCUGAGGGAUUUGGGGAUGUUGAGAGCUUGCUCUGAGUCACGCAACAUCUAUCUGAAGCACUUCACGCAAAGCUUGAGAUCUGGGGAGGAAGGAUUGAUUCGAUUCGCAGGGGAAGAUAUUGUGUAUAUUUCUAAUAUGGACGAGCUUUCCUGCGUUGGCAAAUUCCGCAAUAUCUUGAAGCCUGGGGAUGUCUUUGAAGGGAUCCCGUGCCAAAAGCUGGCCAUCGAAAUCUGCUGGUUUAGUCGUUGGCGGCUGCUUUACUGGUUGCCUGUUUCUGCUACUCGAACGCUUUUCCCCACGCACGAUGGAGUGGUGCUGGCCAUGAUAACUCACUGCAAGGAACUCAGGGAGAUAGGUGUGGUACUUGAUUACCGGAAAGAGAGUCGCGUGCACACGCUAGAUGGGAGAGAUGACCUUCGUCGCAGGUGGAAGGCUUGCGAGGAACUGCAAGGUCAGAAAAUGCCGGAGCUCCGUGUUUGGGACGCGGAAGGCAACAAGGUUGAACGUCUUGACCGCAAGUAG